AUGUCUGAUGAUGAAAUAACAACAAAUAUUGUUCAAAAGUUUCGAACGGUUUCCACCUUAAUCCUGGCCAUUCAGUGGGGCUUCAAAUUCUUGGAGUUUUCAUCAACUAAUCAUGAAAUCCGAAAUGAUCUCUUCAGUUUGUGCACGAGGAUUUCGUUAUUUUUGUUUUAUUAUUUUUAUCUCUCUCUGGUCUUCAUAUAUUUUUCUGUUCUUCACCUUUCCAUUUUUAUUCUUUUUUCACUUCUUUCUUUCUUUCUUUCUUUCUUUCUUCAUCCGGUUAAUAAUCUUUUUCUUUUGUCAUUGUUUUCGUCUUUUCCCUCGUUUACAUUAUUUUCGUCUUUCUAUUCUUUUUAUUUUUUUCAUUCAACUUUUAUGCCAUUCAUUUUUAAAUUUAUUUCUUACUGUUCUUUCUUGAUUUAUUCCAUCUAUUUCUUUCUUUGUUUAUUUCAUCCUUUUUUUUUAGUUUCGUUCAUUCGUUUCUUUCACUUAUUUUCUUAUUUUUAG